UCUGACCCCAUCCCAGAGGUACCUUGUCCCUCCCCGGGGCUGGUGUCCCUGCGGUGGAGCAGCCUGGCCCCAGGCAGUGAUGUGGCGCAGAGAGGGGGUCCCCACGCUGUUCCACAGCCCUCGCCUGCCCCGCAGAGGGGCACCCCAGGGGGCUGCUGCCGGUGCUGUGUGUGGGCACCCGGGCAGCGGCCCGUGGGGGUCCAUGGCGCCUGGUGUCUUUGCAGGGACCUGACGGAGAACCCGCUGACAACCCUCCCCAACGGCUCCUUCCUGGGCUUCACCCACCUGCAGUGCCUCGCGCUGCCGCUGCCGCUGGAGUGCCCGGGUGGGAGCAGCGCCUGGGAGGAGGUGACGACAAACGGGAGCAGCCGGCUCUGCCAAGGCCAGAGGAACCCCUGCAACGGCUCUGGGGAGCUCGCCUGGCCGUGCCCUGAGAACGCCGCCUGUGCCCCCGACGGCCCCGGCCUCGUCCAGUGCCUCUGUGACAGCCCCUUCCAUGGCUACAAGUGCCUGCGGGAGGGCACAUUCCCCGUGCUGCUCUUCUGCGGGAUCCUGGGAGCCACCACCAUGGCCCUGGCCCUCCUGCUGUGGGGCACCCAGCGCCGGAAAGCCAAGACCCCCUGAGCGGGGAGGGGGCGUCUGUGCCAGGGCCUCUGCGGAGGCCAGGGGCAGGGUCAGGGGCUCUGGGUCCCAGGGGGGUCCGUGCCCUGGGGUCUGGCUCGCCAUGUGGGGGCUGGGGAUGAAUAAAACUCGCAGCAGCCUCA